CCUUCUCUGCCUCGCCCUCUCCGCCUCACACUCUGCCUCACCUUCUCUGCCUCGCCCUCUCCGCCUCACUCUCUCUACCUCGCCUUCUCUGCCGCUCACACUCUCUACCCUUUGACUCGCCCACCCCGCCUCACUCAAGCUCACACUCUCUAGUCUCUUCCUCUCUGCCUUGCCCUCUCCGCCUCAAACAUUUUUCUUCCUCUCCGCCUCACUCAAGCUCACGGGUUUAAAGUAUUGGGUUUUUUUUUUUCUUUUUGGGUUUUUUCCUUCUCAUCCUUACGGGUUCUCGGUCUCGCCCUCUAAAGUGCUCUGCUCUCUGCUUCUCGGCUUCAUCAGGUAAGGCCUGUUCAAGAUUCUACCGGCACCGGCGAAACCGGCCAGCGCCGAACCGAUCCGACCGAUACAAAGCUUCACUGUAGGUGUUCGGAGAGGUGGUCGGCAGCGAUUUGGGCAUACCGAAGGCGGCCGGUGCGGCGAUCGGCGGCCAUUUUGCACUCCGACGAGAAACCGCACCGCACCGAUGGGUAAGGAGGAAAGCCCACAAGUUACCAGAAGAACAACCAGGUCUUCCUCUUCCGCUACUGUUGCAACGAAAACAUGUGAUCCACAUCCUCUAACAAUCAAGGAUCUUGUGUUUGGAGAAGACCCCAUUAGCUUGAAUGAUCUGUUAUCUAAGUUUCCUGGUAGACGUAUUCAGAUUCUUGAGCUUGUGCGCCUUUUGGGUGCAUCUAAUUCCCCAAUGCUUCCUCUUUUUAUUUAUGGAGGCACUUCUUCUGGAAAAACAAGUAUAGUUCUUCAAAUGUUCAGGCAUCUCAACCGCCCUUUUGUUUAUUCAAGUUGUCGUACGUGCUAUAGUCCUCGUAUCUUGUUUGAAUCCGUUUUGAAUCAGCUUUUGCUUCAUAGGAAGGAUGCAGCCAAUGUUUAUUCAAGUGCAAAGCGCUGUGAAAGGCCAUCUGAUUUUGUUAAUUUUCUCCGCGAAGCCUUGAGUAAUGUUAUAAAUAAUUUUAAGGGGAACUCUGGGAAGUUGGGCACCAAAAAGUUGGUUGGACAGGCUGAUGGAAAUAUGGUCUACUUGAUAUUUGACAAUUUGGAGCUUAUUAGAGAGUGGGAUAAAAGUUUGACCAUAUUACCUUUCCUGUUCAAUCUCUAUGACAUUCUAAAGAUGCCGGAGGUGGGUAUAAUCUUUGUCAGCAAUACUUCUCCUGAUACAUAUUACUCAAAUAUGGGUUACAUGGAGCCUAUACCUGUUUAUUUUCCUGAUUACACUGAGGAUGAUCUUCGUCAAAUAUUCAUGAAAAACCAAGCAAACCGGAAGCUUUAUUCAUCAUUUCUUGAUGUUGUACUUAGGUCUUUCUGUAGAAUAACUAGAAGGAUGGAUGAAUUAUCUACUGCCUUUUUACCAUUAUUUCAAAAAUACUGUGAGCCUUUACAUGAUUUGGGAGUUGUUCCCAAUGAAGAAAUGAAGAGACGGUUGUUUUCUCAUCUUCAGCCACAAAUUGCUCCUUCUCUAAAUGAGGUAUUUAAGGUUUCAUCUCAGUCUUCACCUGCAGCUGAAUCAAACAAGGAGACAAAGAAGAAGAGCAGCAGAAGGAAACUGGGAGUUUGUGCAGAAAUUGAUGAGUUGGAUUUUCAUAUGUCCACUUCUGCAAAAUAUCUCCUUAUAUCAGCAUUUCUUGCUUCAAGAAACCCAGCUACCCUUGAUGCCUCCCUUUUUGAUUCAAUGGGUGGUAUUGAUAGUCGAAAGAGAAAGCGAAAGUCCUCUCAAAAGUCAUUGGAGAAGAAGGAGAAUGCAGAACAGGAAUUACUUAUGAAGGGACCAGGAACUUUCCCAUUAGAGAGGUUAUUAGCCAUAUUUCAAUGUCUCACAUCUGUAGCAGAAGGUUCAAUCGAUGAAGAGGAACAAGGAGAUGAAGGGUUAGGAGUUCAAGGUGGGGAUGGUGGACUCAUGUCUGACGUUCUGUUGCAACUAUCCAGUCUCUGCAAUGCAAAUUUUAUUGUUAAAGGGGGAAGCUGCCCAUUGGAAGGCUCAACUCGGUACAGAUCUACUGUGUGUGAAGACAUGGCUCUGAAGGUAGCAAGGAGUUUGAAGUUCCCUUUGUCAAAGUAUUUAUAUAGAAGAUAAUAACCUGUAAUGUGGAAGCUAAUUGUGACAUGGUCUUCAACUCAAAAAAUCUUUCAGAGAAAUUUUGUAAAGAAAAAGGUCAGAUUGGUUACAAUUUCAAGUUCUAAUAGCCCCUGCAAUGUGAUCAUGAUUUCUGGAUAUCGAAGUUGAGCAAAUAUAAAAUCACUGCUAUUGAGUGGACUCAUUGGUUCUUGAUGUCCAUUGGAUAUGAUUAGCACUUAGAACAUUGAAAGGGACUGGAAAAGAAACAGUUAAUUAAUAUCCAGGUAGUUUAAUUAGUUUGGUCACUGACUGUAUUUCUGUUAUUUUGCGGUCUCACCAUCUAUACAUUGUACUUAACUGACUAACUACAUCCAGUUAUUGCUUACACGCAAACUCCAAUUGUAUGGGUUCUAGGGUGCAAAACUUGGUAGAUGUACAAACUUUGUCCACACUGUGGCAGAAUCCUCUUGUAUUUAUUCUGUUAUGUAGUGUCCUCAUACAGUGAGUACUGAUGUUUCUACUUUGUAUAUAAGUUGUGCUUCCUGGGUUUUUCUC